ACCGGUGAACCAACAAAACGGUUCGAUUUUUAGAAACUUCGAAGUGUAUAAACUGGGUUUGAAGUUUGAACGUUGUCGUUCUUAUCACCAGACGAAAGGCUGCUCAGCUCUGCUCUGCCGCCUUCUCCACUCUCAUUAUUUCUGGACACCUCUGAUGGGUCCUUUUACAUUAGCUAUUGAUGCAAAAGGCUCUUCCAAGGUGCCUUCAGGUUUUGCAGAUGCCCCAAUUAGGAAAAUGCAAAACUCUUCUCAUCUGAAAGCAAGAAAGGCUUUUGCAUCAAUGAGCGUGCAAGAAGAAAAACCAUUCGAUUUUUUGCGUACUUUAUUUGAGGGAGUUAUAGCAGGAGGUACAGCUGGUGUUGUAGUUGAAACAGCAUUAUAUCCAAUUGACACGAUAAAGACAAGGCUUCAGGCAGCUCGUGGUGGUGGGAAAAUAAUUCUGAAGGGUCUUUACUCUGGACUGGCUGGAAAUCUUGCUGGUGUUUUACCGGCUUCUGCAUUAUUUGUUGGAGUAUAUGAGCCUACAAAGCAGAAAUUAUUGCGAAUGUUUCCUGAAAAUCUUAGUGCUGUAGCUCAUCUAACUGCAGGUGCCAUUGGAGGGGUUGCUGCUUCUCUAAUUCGUGUUCCCACAGAGGUUGUUAAGCAAAGAAUGCAGACUGGGCAAUUUACCUCAGCCCCAGAUGCUGUCCGCCUUAUUGUCUCUAAGGAAGGUUUUAAGGGGCUCUAUGCAGGAUAUGGAUCAUUUCUGUUGCGAGAUUUGCCAUUUGAUGCAAUUCAGUUUUGUAUCUAUGAACAACUUCGGAUAGGUUAUAAAGCAGCGGCACGGCGAGAAUUGAAUGAUCCAGAAAAUGCUAUCAUUGGUGCUUUUGCAGGUGCACUGACUGGAGCUAUAACUACACCACUUGAUGUGAUUAAGACAAGGUUAAUGGUUCAGGGUUCAGCUAACCGGUACAAAGGGAUCUUUGAUUGUGUUCAAACUGUUGUUAGAGAAGAAGGACCUGCUGCUCUUCUCAAGGGAAUAGAGCCAAGAGUUCUGUGGAUAGGCAUUGGAGGUUCAAUAUUUUUUGGUGUAUUAGAAAGCACAAAGCGUUAUCUGGUUCAGAGGCGUCCUACCCCUACUCAAGAUCAAAAACAAGAUUAAAAUUAGGUGAAUUUUUCUGCUUAUGGAUGCAUCAUCAUUAAACAUUCCCUUAAAACAUAAAUGAGAAGCAUUCAUAUAAGAAUACCUUGAUGACAUGAUAUUGCUAUACUUGCUGGCUUGCUGCGACUGGCUUCCCAAUCCAAGGCUUCAUUGGGACUCUGAUUCAACUGAGGAUUUAUGAAGGAAUCCAUCAAUCCCUUUCAAUGGGCCAUGCUCAUUCUAAUUGAUGUAGGUUGAUUUUUUUUUUUUGCCCAUGAGAAAGCAAUUUGUAUUUCACAGUAUCAGUUAAUCUCUAUCAACAUUUCUGUAACAGUCUGCUUGUAAUCAUCAUUGGAACUAGGAAUAGUUUUUGAGGUUAAAAGACUAUGUUUGCCUUUGAAUUAAAUUUCGUUUAUGUUUUAGAAUUUUA